UCUGUCUGUCUGUGACCUUUUAAAAAAAAUGGAAUGCGUUCAUUUGUGAAGUUGGAUAAUUUUAAUGAAAUUUGUAAAUUAAUCAAUGCUAAUAAGUAGUGUGCAAUAUGGGCCGUUCGAGAUCACGUAGUAAAACGCCUAGGCGUCAUCAUAAAAGUAGCAAACAUUCGAGAAAGAAGAGUCGCUCUAAAGAUCGCUCUUCGUCACGGAGUAGAACUUCUAAACACGCCGAGAAGAUCAGGGAGCGGAGUUCUAAAUCACGAAAAAGAUCGCACUCUGCAUCUUCAUCGUCGAGUACAGAUGGUUCAUACGAAGGGAGUAGGCAUAGUAGGAAAAAGUCCAAAGGACGCAGCAAAAUGGAUGAAGUAGAUCGCCUUGCAGAAAUGGAAAGACAAAGACGAGUCAGAGAGGCAGAACAAAAGGUAGUUGAAGAAGAAGCAGCAAAGAGAAUUGAACUUCUUGUAAAGAAGAAGGUAGAAGAAGAACUUGAGAAGCGCAAAGAUGAGAUAGAACAAGAAGUAGCCAAAAGAGUAGAAGAGGCAAAAAGAAAGAUGGAGAAAGAAAUGAUGGAAGAACUUGAGAGACAAAGGGAACAGCAGCGACGGGAGGAGUUGGCCAGACAGGAGGAAGAAGCUCGUAAAAGGAAAGAGCUGGAGGAUAUCAUGGCGGAAAACAAUAAAAAGAUCGAGGAAGCUCAGCGGAAGCUGGCUGAAGAGAGGUUAGCGAUGAUAGAAGAACAGCGCAAAAUGGAUGAAGAGAGACAAAAACUGAAACGGGAACAAGAAAAGAGAGUAAAAGAGGAACAAAAGAAAAUCCUUGGCAAAAAUAAUUCAAGGCCCAAAUUGUCAUUUUCACUGAAACCACUUUGAUGUGUUAUAGUGUUAAGAAAGCGUAUAGUUAGUAAUAUAACUAAAUUAGCUCUAACUUUUAUAGUGUCAUAACUAGAAUAUUAAAAAGUUAUGAAAAAAGGGGGAAAUGUCUUAAUAUAACUACUUCUUUUAAUAGUUAAUUACUAUAAGUGUAUCCUCAAUAUUUAUAAUUUUAAAAAUAUUAUAAUAUGUAUAUUUUGUAAUAUUUAAUUUGAACUACCUAAUCAUGUUAAAAUAAUAUGCAUAAUGUAAAAAACCCGUACCAUACUUGUGUUUUUUUAAAGAAAUUUUACAUUAUUUUAUUGCUCAACAUAAAGAUACUGCUGUAGUCUAGAGAUUAAGACAUCCAGUACUUUUAAUGAAUAAAUAAUCUAUACUAGUAUUAUAAAUGUGAAAGUGUGUCUGUCUAUUGCCUUCUCACUGUCCAUCAGUUUUGAAGAAAUUUGGUAUAGGGACAGCUUGCAUACUACUUGCUUUCUAUCAUCAUGGAUAAUCAAAGAGUUCCCACUAAAAAUACCUAAAUUCAUGGAAUUUUUAAGAAUUUAAAUCCACGUGGACAAAGUGCGGUCGUCAUCUAGAUUCUAGUUCACUAUAUUUUUUCAGGUUUGCGUGCAUCCUUUUCAGACUGCAUUGUUACUUACCAUCUGGUGAGAUUGCAGUUAUGUGCUAGUUUGUUGUUCAGUAAAAAAUCUCUGGUUAUGACACUACAUAUAUGUUACGUGCCAAGCUUGAAGAAUGGGCAUUCUUGACAUAUCCCAGGCAUUAUUGGUAUUGUAAAUAAAUUUUAGUUCACCUUUGCAUUGUUUUAACAUUUCAUUUAUUUGGAAUGACAAGUUAGUAGUAUGUAGUACUACUGCAUAGAUGUCAUUGUAUACUUAUGAAGCACCAUAUGCAAUGCUGAAAACUGAUAGUGUUGUAGUAUGAAUGACAUUGACAUCAAUAUAAUUCAGGCAUACACUGUCCGUCAGUAAAUAAUCGCCAUUUCCGAGCUCUGCCCCUAGAAGCUCUUCGCAAUGCUGAUAUACCUGGACAAGCUCAACAAUACCCAUCCUUCAAACUUGACUUGUAACAUAUCAUAUUUUUAAGAGCAUUGAUUGUAAUAGAGGAUUGCCCUUCAGUUGACAUUAGUGUGAAAGUAUCAAUUUCGUUCGAUUAUAAAGUAGUAUAGAACUUUAAAAAAAUUCUUCUGCUACUCUUGCAAAGUGAAAAUUAUCUCUGGUUUUAUGUAAUUAUUAGUACCUACUAAAACAGUGUCAGAACAAAACGCCUACUGUAAUAUAUAUAUAAUUAUUAAUGUUCGUCUGUCUGUCUGUUCGUUAUCUAUUCGCGCAUUGUUCAUUUACUAGAACUUUGUACAGUUGUUGUUGAGACUUCUGAUAUAGUACGUACCCUCAACGCAUGAUAGACGGCACGCGAGUUGCAUUGCAACGCCAGUGAUUCAGACCUAGAUUACGACUAUAUUAUCUCUAUAAAAAUGAAUGUAUCUUUAUUUGAUUGCUCCUUAUGCGUUUCUAGACUAUUCAGCCGAUUGCGAUGAAACUUUGUACAGUUGUUGUUAGUACUUACGGGAAGGUUUCUGACAUAGUACCGUCAACGUACAUUGCAAUUAGCGUCAGCUAGUUUUCAUUAAACAAAUAUUUUUGAAGAACAAAAUAAUUGUUUGUAAUAAGAUUCAGACUAAUAAUAAUUACAACUACAGAGCGGGACAGGUUGAGAUGGCAACCGGGGUGGGGUCCUUCCGCACACCCGCUCAGCGCCUACGCUAACCCGCUGCGGGUGAGCCGAUUGCCAUCUCAAUCUGUCGCGUACUAUACAGCAUUAGCUGUUAGUCAAAAGAUUAAUGAGAAUAUUCAGGUUUUAUAUUAAUCAAAUGACAAAUACGAUCCGCGUCAGAUAAAAAGAAAAAGGAAAUGGUAAUUCAAUGGUGGAAUGUACAUACCUACAGCAACAUCAAAGUAGAUUUUUUUUAUAUAAAUGAAAUUAUAGAAUCUUUAUAUUCAUAACUGUGUCAAUAUACUUCGUUUAGAUUAUUAUAAUUAAGUAGGUUAGAUUUUAUAAAAAUCCAGCCUUGCAUUAGAACAGCAGCAUAUUGUCAAGUUUUCUUAAAAUUAAAAUGUUAUUAUGAAAGGCCUACCUAAUUGGGAUAGGUAAAAUGUAUUUAUCGAUUUAAUUAAUUAAUCUAUUACGAUAAAUGGCUAAGGCUGGGCGCUCAUUGGCUACUAUCCUCUUCAGUAGCGUGCAAUUCACAGGCAUUAAAUCAUUUGCUUACUCUGGCCGUAAUAACUCUAUGCUUAUUGUGUAAGAACCCACCUGCCUAAGGAAUGCGCCCCUGUCUUAACUGCGUCUUGCAGCCAUGGCGUCUCAAGAAAUUCAAACUAUGCUAAGCUAUGCUCAAAUGCUUCUGGAUUUGAGCAUAGCUUAGCAUAUGGAUUAUUCUGCAUUUUUCUGUGGAUUAUUCUAAUUCUAUUUUAACGCCUGAAGGCUAUUGUUAAAAAACAGUCACUUGGUCUCGAAAGCAAUCGCCCAGAUAGUAGUCGCUAAUGGGCGUCCGGCCUACAUAGCAUAUCGAAUAUCCCCAAGGGGAUAUUGCUUCGAGCGCUCUUGAGUGUGUCCCAUACAAACAAAAUUUGAUUCUUAUUUUAUUAUAAACCGAUGAUAUUCAACGUGGACACUGUCUGGUUGUUACAAGUUGAGAGUUCCGUAUAACUAAACAUAAUUUCAGAAUUGCAUCGGUUCAAAGAUUUAUAUUGAGUACCUAAAACACCCUGUAUAAAGAAACAUUGAGUUUGACUAUUUAAUACCCUAAUAUGAAUCAAACUUCGUUUGUAUGAAGCGCGUUCUGGAUACAUUCUUAUUAAACUUGACGUUAAUUUAUUUACUAUCGCAAUUAAUGUCUAAAUGAUUAUAUUUCAUUAAGUAAUUAUUUCUCUCAUACAGCCGGAAAUAUAUUUUGCAUUAUUCUCUUUAGACUUAAUUAGUAUAGAAUUCUGCAAAAUACUACAAGCACAAGAUCUAAAUAAUAUAAUGACAAACAACAUCUUAUAAAAUUUAAUAAAGACUCAAACUACCUAUACCCUAA